CUUCCGCUGUCAAAAUAGUCAACAUGGCGUCGGACGAAGAUAAAGAUACACUUUAUUGCAUUUGUAGACAACCAUACAAUGAAAAUGAGUUCAUGAUAGAGUGUGACAUAUGCAAAGAUUGGUUCCACGGAAGUUGUAUUGGCAUUCUUGAACAUCAGGCACCAGAUAUAGAAAUCUACCACUGCCCAAAUUGUCAAGCUGAUCAUGGUCCACUAGUCUUAAAGCAGAGAAGAAAUUGGCACAGACAUGACUACUCUGACAGUGGUGCUACUAAAGCUGUUCAGACAGGAACUGUUGUGUUUAUCAAAGAACUGAAAGGAAGGACUUUCCCCUCUGCUGAUGAAAUUCCUGUGUUACGAUUGCCGGGUCAUGCCAUUGGCAAAAUAUAUUUCGAUAAGCAUGGUUUUGAUGUCCCUUUAUUGUUUGAGAGUACAGAUGGACUUGGCAUGACACUUCCACCAGCCACUUUCACUAUUCAAGAUGUAGAGGAUUAUGUGGGUUCAAUGAGAGAGAUAGAUGUUAUAGAUGUAGCAAGACAAGAAGACUAUAAAAUGUUAAUGAGGGAAUGGACCGAGUACUACAACAGUCCAAACAGAAAUAAAAUCUUCAAUGUCAUCAGUCUUGAGUUCUCUAAAACUAAAAUGUCUGAUUUGGUCACUGUACCACAAGCUGUUAGAGAGGUUAGCUGGGUAUCUAAUGGAGUCUGGCCAGAGACUUUACCAGAUGAUUGUACGUAUACAAAACCAGAGGUGCAUAAAUAUUGUCUGAUGGGUGUACGGGACAGCUUUACUGACUUCCAUAUUGACUUUGGUGGAACUUCUGUAUGGUAUCAUGUACUUAAGGGUGAGAAAGUGUUCUUCCUGAUUCGUCCAACUACAGCAAAUCUCUGCCUUUAUGAGACGUGGUUAAGUGCCUCCAAUCAAAGUGAGCUAUUCUUUGGUGAUCAAGUUGACAAAUGUUAUAAAUGUGUUGUGAAACAAGGCCACACGAUCUUCAUACCUACUGGCUGGAUCCAUGCAGUGUUCACACCAAUAGAUUCACUCGUCUUUGGUGGAAAUUUUCUUCAUAGUUACAAUGUACCUUUACAAUUAGAGGUUUACGCAAUAGAGAAGAGAGUGAAGACAUCAGAGAAAUAUUUGUUUCCAUCAUAUGAAACUAUUAAUUGGUAUGCUGCCAAACAGAUUCUUGAUACUAUGCGAGAUUAUAUAGAUGAAGGGAAAAAGCCACCUGCUUAUAUAUUUGAAGGUGCCAAGGCGUUAGUUUUCCAUCUAAGGUCAUGGACACAGAGGAAAGAUCUCAACCAGACACUAUUUAUAAAGUCAGCAAAACAUGAUGUACCUGAACAUAUUCAAUAUGGCCGUCUUCUGAAGGAUCUUGGGAAGGAUGUAAAAGCAUGUGAAGAUCCAGUGAAAUCAGCAACACCUAAGGCACGGAUAGAGAGAAAGAGGAAGAAAAAGAAAAAAGAAGUGGCAAAGAAAAUAGAGGGAUUAGAUAUACUUGAUAUGCACACACAGAGCAAACUGGAAGAGAUGGACAGGGAACGCAAAAAUAUCUAUAAUUUCGAGGAUGAUGAAGAUUCAUCGCAGAAUUCUCGGCUACCAAAAGCUGGUGCCUUCACCGACUCAUCAGGAAAUGAAUCUCCAGAUAAAAUUGCCUCCCGCCAUUCUCUUACUCUAAAAGUCUCAAAUGGUAAAAUUGUUAGUGAACGUAAGGCAAAGAAAGGGGAGUUCCAGCCUUUUGUCAGUGGCAGUGAUAAAGAUGACAGUGAUGAAGAAAGCCUUGUUGUAGAUGAGAACCCCAGCAAAUCACGGAAAACUAAACAACCCAAACUUAAGCUCAAACUUUCAUGCCAUCAUCCUCCGGCCUCAUCUAAAACUUCAGCAACAGAGACAGAGUCUAAGUCACAUGAUCAACCGAAAAGUCAGCCAUCGCAGUUUUCGCCAAAAUCACCAAACAUGCAACAAAAGAAAUCACCAAACAUGCAACAAAAGAAAUCACCAAACAUGCAAUUAAAUCGUCCACCCACAUCUCGUCAGACAAUAACUGUGCCACCGAUUUCGACAUUAUUGCCGCCAAAGUCCGAACCCAUCUCAUCACACACCGAUCUCAGUGCUAUAGCAAGUUCACGGACAAUAAAAUCAGAACCUUCCAUAGUGAAAAGUGAUUUGACAUUAAGUGAUAUUAUAAACCAGUCAGCCUUAAGUAAUUCUCCAUCAACUAUAGGAAAAGUUGAACCGCUUAGUGCGGAAGGAGGUGAAUCUAGUCUUGAACAAGAGUUACGGCGGAAUAUACCUACAAUAAGAGGUGGACUUAAUGGGAGUAUAGCGGAUAUAUUAGAAGCUAGUGGAUAUGGUACAGAAACAGCAUUCACAGUUGAUGAAGAUGUAGAACGAGCUCCGUCACCAAGUAUGAGAGAAGCUAUACAGGGUAUGUUAUCAAUGAGUCGUGGAGGACUUGGCGGGAUGCAGUUGUUUUCUCGUGCUGAGAGUCGACGUCAGGGAAUACGAUCUCGGAGUGCUCUAGCUGAAGAAGAUGAGGAGGAGAAACUGUCAAAGUGCUAUCAAGAUGAUGAGUUUGUUUAUCCUACCCUGGAGAUGGAUGAAGAUGAACAAGAUCAGGUCAUGAGAGGUCACAGUAAACCUAGCAAGGAUACAACAUGGAACCCGAAAGCAAGAGUUAAUAUAUCUGUACCAUUAGGAGAAAGAUCUCAUAGAGAAGGUGUAGCUAAAGAAUCUGUGAAAAAUAGUUUGGAACAGUCUGCUGCCAAAAUUACCUCAGCCCCUAAAGUAAAACGUCCAUACAAAAAGAAGCCUAAAUUGGAUUUAGAUUCCAUUGCCAGUACAUCUAGCUCAUUUCUCUCACCAACUCAUUCAGGUUCAGCAUUCCGGCCAGGAGUCAACAAAGUUGGUGGUUCAUUGUCAGACAGUGCUAACAAACGUAAAAAGCCAAAGAAAGGAGAAGCAACUGCAAAACAGAGGCUUGGAAAAAUUCUUAAGAUACAUAAAUUGGGAAUGCAUUGACGGGGAAAUUUUAGUAUUGCUGAUAUAUAUAUAUAUUUAUUUAUUAACCCCAAAACAAGUCUCAACCCAUCUUUUAUUAUCUAAAUAUGUCAAGCUAAGUUCUACAGAAUUUGUUAUGGUAAUGAUUACCUACAGUAUUAUGGUAAUAAUGAU